AUGACGGCAUCAUCCCCCCGCGAGUCCGACCACGGCGAGACGCCUACUCCUCGUCAGCAGCAGUUUACGCCGAGCGCCAGCACAUCGUCGACUCCGGGCGCCGCCUCUCCCCGCAACCGCUCCAUCGACGAGCGGCAUGAGCACGGCCAACAACCGACAAACGAUGAACACUCGCCGCUAUUGCCUCCAACCGACUACGAUGUAUUUGAUUCCGGACGACGCGAUAGCCAGACCGACGACAGCCAGACAACCAAGAGCUUGUGGUACCUGACCAUCUUGACCAUCGGCAUCGGAGGUCUCCAAAUCGCAUGGUCCGUCGAGCUCUCCAAUGGCUCGCCAUAUCUGCUGUCCCUAGGUCUCAGCAAGUCUCUGAUGGCUUUGGUCUGGAUUGCGGGCCCCCUGACCGGAACCUUGGUGCAGCCAUAUGUCGGCAUGCUCAGUGAUAACUGCCGCCUGCCAUGGGGCAAGAGAAAGCCGUUUAUGCUCGGCGGCGCUGCUGCCACCAUUGUAGGGCUGCUCUUCUUGGCUUGGACAAAGGAGAUUGUCGGUGGUGUGUUGAGCAUCUUCGGGGCCGAUCCCGCAUCGCACGGCGUCAAGAUCACCGUCAUUGUCACGGCGGUGAUUGGCGUUUACCUGCUGGACUUUGCUAUCAACACAGUCCAGGCCGCCCUCCGCGCCUUUAUCGUUGAUUGCGGGCCUGCCCAUCAGCAGGAAGCUGCGAAUUCCAUGGCCAGUCGCAUGACGGGCAUUGGAAACAUUAUCGGAUUCAUCGCGGGAUACGUUAACCUGACCAAGCCGCUCUGGUUUCUCGGCGAUACCCAGUUCAAGAUCCUCUGCGCAAUCGCAAGCCUUUCGCUCGGGUCGACGGUCCUUCUGAGCGCUGCAGUGAUCAAGGAGAGAGAUCCCCGGUUGGAGGGCCCGCCGCGCAAGAAGCACAGCAUCUUUCUCUUCUUCUUCACUCUUCUCAAAUCAAUCAAGCGACUGCCACCUCAGAUCAAACGGGUGUGCCAGGUGCAAUUCUUUGGCUGGGUCGGCUUCUUCCCUCUUCUGUUUUACACGUCUUCGUACAUUGGCGAGAUCUAUGUCCAGCCUUUUCUGGAGAAGAACCCGCACAUGACUCCUCAAGAGAUUGACAAGCUGUACGAGCAAGCAACUCGCAUGGGCUCCUUUGCCCUGCUCAUCAACUCCAUCGUCAGCCUGCUGGUCAAUGUGUUUCUACCCUUUCUCGUUGUCCCGACCUACGAUAAUCAUCCUGAAUUAAACAGUUCGGAGCCUGACCCUAAAAAACCCUUCCUGCACCACCUGAGGAUACCCGGCUUCACCCUUAGACGGGCCUGGUUCGGGUCUCUCAUUCUCUUCGCCAUUGUCAUGGUCUGCACCUUGUUCGUCAGGUCUGUCGGCGGUGCAACGACCUUGAUAGGAAUCGCUGGAAUCACCUGGGCCAUUACCCUGUGGGCUCCAUUCGCCAUCAUCAGCGCUGAGAUCAGUCGUCGCGAUGCCCUCGCCCGCGCCAGACGCCCCCGACGAGACAACCGUGGCGCUCCUCCGGCCCCCCCUCCCUUGACCCCGUCUGCUACUGGACAUACGUCCCCGAUGGAACUGGUCGAAGCAUCAAAGGAGGAGGAAGUCGAUCAAGCCGGUGUCAUCAUGGGCAUCCACAACAUGUCCGUCUCCUGUCCUCAGAUCAUUGCCAACAUAGGAUCGAGCUUGAUCUUUAGGAUAUGGCAGAAGCCAAGGGGAACACCAGGCGACCACAGCAUUGCUAUUGUUUUGGCGCUCGGAGGACUCUUUGCGCUGGUUGCGGCCUUUUUUGUGCUCAAGAUCAAGGACGAUGUGUCUAUUCCACCUGAGACACUGGCUGACGAGGAGCAUGGUGCCGACCAAGAUGAUGACGAGAUGUCGUCUGCUGGGGAUUACUCUGGGAACACGAAGCCCGGCUACUCUGCGGUGCCGACAGCAGAAACGGAGGCUCCAAAGCUGGCGAGGAGCGGAAGCUUUGGGGGAAUGGAAGUGGCGUCUGGUUCUGAUAGAUGA